CAGCUCUGGUGGGCAGCUCCCCGCUUAUCGGGGCCGCUGGACGGAGCUCCACCCGCCGCUCCUCCUCAGGCGGCGGUGGGAGCGGAUGACGCGGCGUCAGGUGGAGGCAGAAAGCUCCUUGCUGCGGGAGGGGGGCCGCUCAGAAAGCCUCCUCUCUGCGCGCCGGGAGCAGCUGUGCGUGAGCCGACGUCUCCCCGGAUCCACGGCUGCAGCGACGCGGGCUGCGCGCUGCGCCUCUCCCGAGAAGGAGGCUCUGAAGGCGGCUUGCAGCAGCUCCAGGUGGUCAGACGACAGAAGGAUGCUGUGGUUGCUGUUCUGUCUGCUUCCUCUGGGGGGCAGCAGCCCUAUCAUCUCACAGGAAGUCGCGCUAAAAGCGAGACACCUCCAAGCAGAGGCAGCGGCUCACGCGACUGCGAGGCCUCAGAUCUACUACUGCCGCUCUCCCAACAUGGAGGACUUCACCUGCUGGUGGCACCCGCUGGACAACCUGACGGACGGCGAGGAGGUCACCUACAUCCUCACGUACAACAAAGAUAAGGGGCCCAAACAUGAGUGUCCAGACUACACAUCUGCUGGUCCCAACAGCUGCCAUUUCGACAAAAGCCACACGUCCAUCUGGAAGUAUUACUGCAUGAACGUGACCGCUGUGACAGCCCAGAGGAACUACACCUCCAAGCAGUACUGCCUGGAUGUAGCAGAGAUCGUGGAGACGGAGGCUCCGGUCAACCUGACCUUCUCGCUGACGGACGCCGGCGGCGACGAGGCGGGCCACAGCGCGCUGCUGUCCUGGGCGUACCCGGCGCCAGAGGACCUGCGCUACGGCUGGAUCACGCUGGCGUACGAGCUGCAGUACAGACGGAGCGGCCAGGCCGACAACUGGAAGGUGAAGCAUCCGCUGCGUGAGCCUCAUGUGGAGCUGCUUGGGCUCCGCGCAGGUGACUACGAGGUCCGGGUUCGCUGCCGAUCCCAAAACUCUGGGCUGUGGAGCAAAUGGAGCUCCACGCUGCCCAUGAGCAUCCCAACCAGGCCGCCCACAGGUAAGGUCCUGGUUCUGGUUCUGGUGGUGGGAGUCGGUGUGGUGGCUCUGCUGGUCAUCACGUUCGGAGUCAUUCCUCAGAGCAGGAGGAUAAAGGACUACUUUCUGCCGCCCAUUCCCAAGCCACGGAUCAUCGGGAUUGACCCGCUCCUUCUGAAGAAGGGGAAUCUGGAAGAAAUCAAUCGCCACUUCACCAACUUCCACGGCUACAGACCUCCGAGUUACUCCGUGGAGGUGUGGGACCAGGUGAGCGCUGACGGGAUCUACCCCAGCGUGGCCAAGGACGGCGGCGUGCCGGCCAACGUCCUGGACAGAGACAAAGGAGCACCGGUCACCGGCCAGACUCCGUUUCCCCUCCAGAACCCGUCGCCGUACGUCCAGAGCGCGCCGCCCUACUGCGCCUCGCCUCCCCAAGCCUUCGCGCCUCCGCCGGACGCUCCGUGGCACAGGCCAGAGAUGGUGUCCGUUCCCGGGACGGACUACAGCAUGAUGGAGCAUCCGGGCCUCGCCGACGCCGCCGCGCCGCCUCCCAGCGGCUCGCCGCUGCAGGACUUCUACACCUGCGUCCAGCUCAUGAGGGACAGCGGCCAAGUCCACCUGGUGCCGUGUCUGCCGUCGCCGUACUGCCAGGAGUUCCCGCUGUUCCCGAGGAAAGACGAGGAGGAGGAGGAGGAGAAGAAGAAGAGGAGGCUGAUUGAGUACCAGGCGAGGAAGACGCUGAUGAAGGAGAGCGGGGAGAACGAGAGGAGCGAGGCGGCCGACCCUCUGCUGCCCGUAGAGGCGGAGGACAGCAGCUAAAGGGCCGCCGCUGAUCCCCCCCCCCCCCCCCCCCCCAGACAAGCUUCAGACAGUUUGUAGCUCUAAAAACGGACCCUGCUCUGUGAACUGCUGGCGGCCAUGUUUCCUGAGGAGCUGAAUAACAUCAUCACACUGCACAAACGGAACUAAGAAUAGGUGAAAUGUUCUUAA